CCAGUGAACCCCAACUUCUCGGGGGGCGAGCCCAAGCGCUCGCGCACGGCGUACACGCGGCAGCAGGUGCUGGAGCUGGAGAAGGAGUUCCACUACAACCGCUACCUGACGCGGCGGCGGCGCGUGGAGAUCGCGCACGCCCUGAGCCUGAGCGAGCGCCAGAUCAAGAUCUGGUUCCAGAACCGCCGCAUGAAGUGGAAGAAGGACCACAAACUGCCCAACACCAAGAUCAGGUCCGGCUCCUCCUCCGGCUCCAUGCAGGCCCAGCAAGGAGGAGGAUCCCAAGCGCAGAUCCCGCACAGAGGAGGAGCCCAGGCGCAGAUCCCGCAGAAUGGAGGAUCCCAAAGGCAGAUCCCGCAGGCAGGAGGAGCCCAAACGCAGAUCCUACAAGGAGGAGGAGCCCAAAGUCACAUCCCACAAGGAG